AUGAGUAUUAUUUCAGAGGACAAGCCGAGUGGGAGGUGUGGAGGCUGGUGGGCACUAGUCGGCAAUACUCCACUUAUCCGAAUCGACUCCAUCUCGGAGCUCUUGGCUGUAGGUUGUGAUGUUUACGCCAAAUGUGAAUUUGUGAAUCCCGGGGGCUCUGCGAAGGACCGCGUGGCGAAGAUGAUAGUAGCUGAUGCGGAGGAGAAAGGUCAGUUGAAGGCUGGGGGGACGAUCUAUGAGGGCACCAGCGGCAGCACUGGCAUCAGCCUAACAAUGGCGGGCCUAGCGCGGGGCUACAAGACGGUGAUAUUCAUGCCGGACGAUCAGGCCAAGGAGAAGUCGGAGCUCAUUGAGACUCUCGGGGGAGAGGUGCACCUGUGUCGUCCCGUAUCGAUAGUUGACCCCGAGCAUAUGUGUAAGCUUGCUGAGAAGGCAGCUGAGGAGGACCCUGGGGGAUUUUAUGCUGAUCAGUUCGAAAACGAGUCCAAUUUCCGGGCGCAUUUCCUCGGUACAGGGAAGGAGGUUCUCGAGCAAACGAAGGGUAAAGUCGAUGCGUUUGUAACUGCAGCUGGCACUGGGGGGACAUUGGCGGGUACCGCUGCUCGACUGAAGAGCGAACUUGGUGACGAUCGAGUGACGGUUAUACUGGCUGAUCCACCGGGUUCCGCCUUAGCUCGUCGUAUCAAUACAGGAGUGCUAUUCAAUGAACGUGACAAGGAGGGCUACCGAGUGAGGCAUCCAUUCGAUACUGUAACGGAAGGUAUAGGCCUUGGCCGACUCACACACAACUUCACCCUUGGCUUGCCCUUCAUCGACCAUGCUGUGUCCAUCUCGGACACCGAGGCUGUGCGUAUGUCAAGAUGGCUCCUUCGCGAGGAUGGUCUCUUCGUUGGUAGCAGCGGUAGCUUGAAUGUCGCUGCGGUUGUUAAAGCAUACAAGCGUGGCUACAUCAAGCCGGGCCAACGAGUGGUGACGAUUGUGUGUGACAGUGGCAUGCGGCACUUGUCGAAGUUCUGGAAUGACGCCUAUUUAGCCUCUUUCGACGGCCUUGUUAUCCCUGUGGAUGAAAAAUACCAGACUCCUUUACAGUUUGUUCACACUGAGUAAUGUUUCAUC